AUGCCCUUAUUUAAGUAUGAUGUUAAUGCAAAGGAAAUAAUUUUCAAGUUGAAUAAUUUUAAUUUUUCUCAAACUAUCCAUUUUUGUAAUAUUCAUAUAAAAUGUAUGCCCUCAACUGGCAUAAAUAAUUAUAAUAUAAAUAAAAGCACAUAUAUUAAUAGAAAAUUUAUAGUGGGUGAUAAGAAUGUGAGACGUACAAAUCGUAAUAUAAGAUUAAGAAAAUCAAAAUAUAAAGACAUGGUAAUCCUUUGGAAUAAAGAAAAAGGAGAGAAUAAGAAAAAAAAAAUAAAUGGCAAAAAAUUAUUUGUAAGUGGUUUUAAGAAAAGUGUGAUUUUAAAUAAAAUUCAUAUUGAUUUAUUAAAUGAAGAAUUAAGGAAUGUAGAGAAUGAAAUAAAUAAGAAGUAUUUAUCUUCUAAUGAGGAAAAAGAAAUUAUAUUAAGAGACUGUAAAUAUCCAAGUCAGAAAUUUUAUAAAGCUAAUGAAGAAGAAAUAAAAAUAAUUAGAAAAAGUGAAGGACAAUAUUAUUUACCGAUUGAAUGUGAAGAUAGUACAAUAAUUCGUAUUGUAAAUAUAAAUGAUAAAGUAACAUCACCUAUUUCUAGAUGUGUACGUAAUAGUAAAUUUGGUUUAAGAAAAAAGGAAAGAACCUUUUUUUUUUAUUAUUCUACAUUUAUUUGUUCUUUUUUUUUUACAAUGGGUGUAUGGCAAUAUAAGAAGAUGAAAAAAAAAAAGUUUUUAAUUAAUUACAUUUCAAAUAAUUUAAAUGAUGAAAUAAUAAAUUUAAAUCUUACAUAUUUUCCAUGGGUCAAAGAUUAUAAAGAAAUGAAAAAUGAGUAUACAAAAUUAUGUAGAAAUUUGUUAAAAUGUGAAAAUAAAUUAGUAGGUGGGUAUAAUAUAUUAAGAAAUAUAUAUGUUAAUGUAUUAUCGAAUUAUGAAUAUUGGAUAGAUUAUUUUAACGUUAUAGGUAAGCUUAAAUAUUAUAUUGAAACGAAUGAUUCAGUAAAUGCAAGGAAUUAUAAUGAAAUGGGAAAUGAAAAUGGAAUGGAAAAUCUAUGUGUUAAUAAAAAUGACUCUAUAAGUAAUAAUAGAAAGAAUUUAUAUGAUAAUAUAAAAAGAAAGGGAAAAGAAGAAUAUAAAAAUAGGAUUGAAUAUGUUACUUUAGAUUUGAAUAAUAUUGAUAAUAUAUAUGAAUGGUUAGUGAAAAUAAGAAAUGAAAAUAUAUUAAUGAAGUUAUAUAGAAAAUUUUUAAAAAAAAAUGAGAUUAUAACAAAUGAUGAAUUAAAAAAACUUGUUAUUGAGAAAUACAAAUAUCGUAAGGUAGAAAUAACAGGUGUAUUGGAUACAACAAAUGAAGUGUAUGUAGGUCCAAAAAUAUAUGAAAAGGAUAGUAAGCAAAAAUAUUUUUAUGUUAUAUGUCCCUUAUUUUUAAAAAACGGUAAUUGUAUAUUAGUUAAUAGAGGAUUAAUAUCAAAUGAUAUAUUAGAAGAGAAAACUAAUGAAAUUCCCAAAGUUGUGACAAUAAGAGCAGUAUUAGAUCCAGGAGAAUUAUAUGAAUGUUCUUUUAAAAAAAUAAAAAAUAUUUCAAAUCAAAGUAACAAAAAGGAGUCUUAUUUUUAUUAUUAUAAUAUUGAAGAAAUUUGUAAUUAUACUAAUAUAUCCAAAUUUGAGGGAACAAGCUAUUUUAUUGCGAAUAUAUAUGACAUAAUAUUUCAUGAAGAUUAUCUGAGUGAUAUACAAAAGGAUUAUAAUAAUAAUAUGUGUGAAGAUAAUAAUAGCCCAGGCAAAACUAAUUAUAUUGACAUAAAUAAUAAAAAUGAUAUAAAUACAGUUGAUAUUAACGAAGUUGAUAGAGAAACUCAAGAAAGGAUAAAACGUUUAACAAAAGGGAAAAAGAAUGAAAUACAAAAAGAUAAUAAUUAUGUUAAUAAUGUGGAUGAUGAAUAUUUAUCAGAUAUUCUAUAUAAAAGACGACCUUUUAGAUAUGAUGAACAUUUCAUACAUAAAAAGAAAAAGGAUUAUGUUAAAUUUUAUGCGGACGAAUCUACACAUUUUAAUUAUGCAUGUCAGUGGUUCCUUUUUUCAUUCAUUUUUUCAACUAUAUCUAUAUUUAAAUUUGUACAAUUCAAAAGGUGGGUUUUUUAA